UCACGGCCUCACCUUCAUUCAAUCUCAAAUGCCUCCCUGUUCACUAUAUAGGCACACUAGGGGUGGUAGGAGUAGAAGGACAUUUUACGCCCUACGUAGUGCUCUGUACGUGUAAUUGGAAAGCGUUUGGGAUUGAACCUUGGUGUCUUCAAACUUAUAUGGUUUCUUUUUCUAGCUUUCAGCUGUGGAGGCUGCACAACAAUUCACGUUAUAUUUUAAUAUUUUCGUAAAACCCAACGAAUAAUUUGUCAGAUAAGGUUAAUAGUCAAAAUGUACUGUUUUCGGAAAUAACCGCCGUUUUCUCGGCUUUUGUUUUGAGUUGCUAAGGCGGAAGCGGAAGUGACUCCAUGACGUUAUUUUUGUUAUGUAUACCAGCUGAUCAACAGCGCGAGCGUUGCAGCGAAGCCGCGACGCUGGAAAUAAUACAAAAAAUAACCGGUCUAUUUUUGUGUUGUUUUCCUGUUUCUUGCUUCUUUGUUCAUUUGGUUUGAUUCAGGAUUAAUUUAGCAGCCAGAAAAACCCUCUCCAGAUGAGCAACUCGACCGCCAGUGUGCUGUGCAGGCUGGGCCACAACAAACUGGCCUGCUGCGCUGGCGUCAGGGGUAGCAGCAAAUAUUAACUAUUACCAAAUAAAACAAGUGGGUGGUGGAAGUAAUGGACAUUGUAACAGCUGUAAGAGCUUCCAGUGGUCUUCAGAGUAUCAGUGACUUAAAAAACUAGACAGUCCUGUAGAGGUUGUUUGCUAGCACAGAACAGCUGAAGAAGGAAACUGUUUAAGUUGCUAGCAAGAGACAUAACCGUCAUAUAUCAGGCUACCUGUUGGUCUCCAAUGUCAGACAGCGCAGUCAUUAGCAUAACAUACAUUUAGCUACCACAGAAUCUCUUAGAACUUGAGUAAAAUGUGGUUAAAACUAUUCUUCUUGCUCCUUUACUUUUUGGUUUUGUUUGUCCUGGCUCGAUUUUUCGAAGCCAUUGUGUGGUAUGAGACGGGAAUCUUUGCCACCCAGCUGGUGGAUCCUGUAACACUGAGCUUUAAAAAGCUGAAGACCAUCCUAGAGGGGAGAGGACUGGGAUACUCCGGCCUGGCCGAGAAGAGGGAUGUCAGAGAGCUGGUUGAAAACUCUGGAGACCUGAUGCAAGGGGAGCUCUAUUCAGCUUUAAAAAAUGAAAAAGAAGAAGCAGGCUCAGAGUCCAGCACCAGUUUUAGUGGGGAGAUGCACUUUUAUGAGUUAGUGGAAGACACUAAGGAUGGCAUCUGGUUGGUCCAGGUAAUAGCCCAAGACAGAAAUCCACUAUUGAGCACAGCCAACUGGGGGAAAAUGGUACAGAAAGUUUCUCGCUUUGGCAUUCGCACUGGCACUUUCAACUGCUCAAGUGACUCCAGAUAUUGCCAUAAACGUGGCUGGAUGAAGUCCACUCUGAUCAUGUCAGUUCCCCAGACUUAUGCCUCUAAAGGAAAGGUCAUACUGAAAGAGUAUAAUGGUAGGCGCAUUGAAACAGAACACAUCUUCAAAUGGAUGACUGCACAUGUUGCCUCCCGCAUCAAGACCAUCCGUUUCUCACAACAGUUAAUGGAUGACUGGUACCAGAGAGAAAAGCAGCCUGUGAAGAUGUUCUUGUUUGCCAAACUUCUCCAGCCCCCUGCCUUCUUCUCAGCCCUCAGCAUCAAAUUCACAGGGCGUAUAGAGUUCAUCUUUGUUGAUGUUCGCAACUGGGACAACGCCACUUGCUUGGAGGAGAUUGGGGUGAAACAGAUGCCCUCAUAUAUUCUUAAAACACCGGAGGGUAUCUACAGAUAUGGCAACAGCACUGGGGAAUACAUUUCCUUGCAUGCCAUGGACACAUUCCUACGCUCUGUUCAACCAGAGGUCAAUGAUCUAUUUGUUCUAAGCUUGGUCAUGGUCAACCUGAUGGCCUGGAUGGACCUCUUCAUAACGCAAGGAGCCACGAUUAAGCGCUUUGUGGUUCUGAUCAGUACACUAGGAACCUAUAAUUCUUUACUCAUCAUUUCUUGGCUCCCCAUUCUUGGAUUCCUUCAGCUACCAUAUUUGGAUAACUUCUAUGAGUACAGUCUUAAACUGCUGCGCUAUGCAGACACCACCACUCUUGCCUCUUGGGUCAGGGCAGAUUGGACUUUCUAUUCUUCACACCCAGCACUUUUCCUGAGCACAUACCUGGCCCAUGGGCUCCUCAUAGACUAUUUUGAGAAGAAGAGGAGAUGUGGCAAUGAAGACCAAAAUGCAAACAACCUGGAGUGGCUGUCCAGCCUUUGGGAUUGGUACACCAGCUAUUUGGUACAUCCCAUUGCUUCCUUUCAGAAUGAGUCAGACUGGGAUGAUGAUCCUAAUUUCCUUUUAGAAAGGUUGGCCUUCCCCGACCUCUGGCUUCGCCCACUUGUUCCCAUCGACUACAUCAAAAAUUUGCCCACUUGGAGGUUCAGGUGCACACAGUCAGAGGGGACCAUCAGAAUGGACCAAGAUAAUCCAACAAACAAGAUGGGGCACCUGUCAUUCGUGGAACCAGGUAGUGAGCAGCAAGAACAAGACUACAGCUCAGAGUGUGCUCAUACCAAUGAAAGGAGUUCAGCUGGGAUGAGAUCCCAAGAGUCCUGGUCUUCUGAAGAGGAACAGGACACCGAUUGGUCCCAGUGGCCCUGUGGCAUGCUUCAUUGCACAGAAUGUGUUGUUUGUUUGGAGAACUUUGAAACGGAAUGCCUUGUCAUGGGACUGCCAUGUGGCCAUGUGUUUCACCAGCAGUGCAUCGUGGUCUGGUUGGCAGGUGGGCAGCACUGCUGUCCAGUGUGUCGGUGGCCAUCCUACAAGAAGAGACCAGCCAGACAACCCUAUGCAGAUUUUCCACCUGAACCAGAAUAGCAUAUUCCAUUCAAUGAAAACCUGAUUCCCAUACAUAACUUAUGAAUACUUGAUGUGCCCAUUGUUAGUCUGUAGGCCUGUAGAUCCAUGUUAUUGAGUCCUGUUUUUAUUUUAGGUGGUAUUAUCCUGCAUACACAUUAGUGUAUUAUGGCAUUUUUUGGACACCUUAAGCCUAGGCAUGGUCUAAAUAUUAAUUAGAAAUGAUGAACUAACCUUUUUAGUCCUUGACUAAUGCUUAAUCUGUACCAAAAACUGGUCUACUGGGUACCUAAAUCUAGCUAACAUGAUUUAAAUAUAUACUUACGUGUGAAAAGUACAUUUUUAUAAUUGGCAAAAUGAUGCACUUUUGUUUGUAACAAAGAAGGUAAUGGCACAACUGUUGAAAAGACAGUUUUCUUUCUUAGCUCUUAUGAAGUUUAGUGAUGAGAUGAAAGUAAAAAUCCCCAUCAGAGUUCCAUGUAUAUGUUCAGUGUGCAUUCAGUUUAUAAAUGUAAUGGAUUACAAUGUAACAUUAAGUUUCAGACCUUGUGUAAUACAUUACACAAAUCAAACAGCCCUAGGCAUCUCAGCUGAUUAUUAGUAAUUUCAUCCUUAGACCUUUCUCAGGUGGACAGUUCUGACCAGGAUCUAACAUAGUGGAGUUUUGUUGGGGGUUCUACUAGAGUAAGGGUGUUGGUGAUUGUUUAGUUAGUUGCUGAUUGUUAUUGAGUAGUAGUCUGUGAGAGGAUAUGGAUUAAAGCAAGUAAAAAUCCUACUGUCCCAUCAAGCAAAGCUGGCAUAGUGUUGAAAACAGAUAAUACUAAAUUUGGCAUUGCCUUGCAACAAUUAAAUCACCACACUUAUGUUCUUUGAUACCAAUGCUUUCAUAUCCAGGUAAAUUUAAACAAGGAGCAAGACAUGAGAGACCUUAAUGGUGACAUUAAUAUGGGGUGUCCCAGAGUCACAUGCCAAAGCACAUUAUAUAGUGGCAAACUCAGUACACAAGUACCCAAGUUGUUUUAUGUCUCAAAGGGAAAAAAUGCCUGCAGAUAUGUAGGUCAUAGUUCAGUUUUAUCUGCACUUAACGGUUCAUUUAGAGGGGGUUACAUUUAGACUAUGGGCACAUCAAAGUCAGAUUGACUCUUCAUUCAUAUACCUAAAAUUGAAGUCUGCUCAAAAUAGGUUCUGAAAACAAAACACAAUAAAUGUGACAUUACAUACAACUGUGUAGUAAAAUCCAUUUAAAUUCUACUGACCCAUUUUACUGUCAUUUUGAUUUUGCCCACCCCAGGUUCCUUCCCCAAAAUAUGACCCUUCUCCAUGGCCCACUGGCCAUGUUAAAGGUUAGCUUACUUAUAUCAAGCUGAUAUUACAUAAUCAAGCAUUUCAGAGAUGGAAGGAAGUCUUGACCUUAACCAGCAACUCUGCUUUUGAAAUUUGUAAGAUUACUGCAUAAUGUCAAUGAAGCUUGACAAUCUAUUCAUGCAGAUUGAAAGAUUUAGGCAAUAAAAUCUGGUCAUUUUAGUAAAUCCUUAAUGUAGCUUUUCAGAGACAGGGUGAGGGGAACUGUCUGUAAUUUUAUAUCCGUCAUCAUAAACCUCUAGACAUAUCGACCUUAUAUUUAAUACAAACAGAAGAAGAAAACAGAUUAGACUUGAAAAACCUGCUUGCAUUCAAGGUAAAAUGGCUGACUUUGACCUACCUGCUAGAUUCCACUUACUCCAUCCCUAAUUAAAUCUUUUUUUCAGUGAAGCAUGGAACUUGGUUUUUCCCAGGCCAGAAUAUAUGCAUUGUAAUACCAUUAUUAAUGACCUUACCCCACUGACUUACUCCAGCUGUUUGUGUGAAUUUGAAACAGAAAUUGGAGCUUUGGUUUAUUGUGCUUUUCAAUCCAUUAAAGUUGACUCUCACAGUUUA